AUGAUUUUUACACACAUUUCUCAUGUACUACUCUUGUACAUUGUAUUCUUUCAUUCAACCGAGCACGUUGAAUCAUUCACACCUUCACCUAGAUAUUCUGCCAGUUCUAUAUUAGUCAAUUCUAAACUUUAUUUCUUUGGUGGUUUGGGUAAAAAUUCUGAUGGAAGUGAAGGAUGUCAAAAUAGUGUAUUUUAUUUAGAUAUUUCAUCAUCAUUUAGUACAUCGGAUAGCAUUCCAUGGACUGAUCUUACAUCAAUUGCAGCCCCUCCAGUGGCAACUUGCUGGCAAGUUAGCGCAGUUGAUAGUUCAAACAAUUCCAUAUAUAUGUUUGGAGGUUUAAUGACUAAUAGUAGUGAUCAAGUCAAUACUUUCGUAUACACGUUUGAUACAAAACUUCAACAAUGGAGUAACCCAACGAUCUCGGGAGCUGUUCCACUUGUACGAAUGGAAUUUCAAAUUGCACAAGAUAGUUCUAGAGUUUAUAUGUUUGGUGGAUUAUCAGGACCUUCGAUAGGAUCUCAAAAUACUAGAUGGUUCAGAGAUAUGAAUAUUUUUGAUAUAAAGAGUUUGUCUUGGUUAAUAGUUGCAACUUCUGGCCUUGACCUUCCUCUACCUCAAGCUGAUUUUACUGCUACGAUGCUGAGUAAUGGAACGAUAGGUAAAAGUCUUUUCAAAAAACAAGCCACUACUUCUUCUGGAUCGGGAAUAAGUUACAGACAAAUGGAUAAGACCGCAAGUGGAACUAUACCAGGAGUCCGUACAGGUCAUUCCGCAGUACUAGCAAUGGACGGUAGAAUCAUUGUUUAUGGUGGUAAAGAAAAUGAAGAAUUACUUUCUCCUGCCAAUCCUGAUCUUGCUAUUUUAGAUACUGAAAGUAAUAUUACGCAGCAACCCACUGUGGCACCUGGUCCAUCGUCCAACGUAUACCUUCUUGAUAUUAUUAAACUUGUUGUCGAUGGUAGAAUUGAAUAUGUGGGUGUAGAAUCCGUAAAUUGGUUGGUAGUAGAAGUAGGAUUUAAU